AUGCCUGAAAAUCCAUGGAUAUCAUCAAUAAAACAACAGCAAAGAGACCAAAAACACAUGUCAGUUUUCCAAGAUUUCUUCGAAACUAUUCUUGCAAGAGUGUGGCUGCUUGCACGCGAGAAAUGGAUGUUACCCUCGCACUGA